GGUGCUCCGCUCUGCCUGCUCACUUGGUGGAUGUAGGAGGGAGAGACAAGGAGCAACUCAGCUAAGUGCCAAGUGGCAGAAGCCUACGGUUAUCGGCAGCACUGAAGCAGCACCGGGGACUGUUCAAUAGCAACACUGAAGAGUUUUUUAUUAUUAUUAUUUUUCCAGUCAUUUGUUACUCUGAGAUUGCCUAACUCUGUGUGCGAAAGCGGGGGAUGCCAGCCCGUAGCAUGGACUGUGAUGUCUCCACUCUGGUUGCCUGUGGGGUUGACGUGGAGAUUUUUACCAGCCAAGAGGUUAAGGAGAAAUUUGAAGGUUUGUUCCGUGCCUACGAUGACUGUGUGACAUUCCAGCUGUUCAAAAGCUUCAGACGUGUGCGGAUAAAUUUUAGCAGUCCCAAAUCAGCUGCUCGUGCCAGAAUAGARCUGCAUGAAACACAGUUCAGAGGGAAGAAGUUGAAGUUGUAUUUUGCACAGAUCCAGACCUCGGAGACAGAUGGAGACAAGCUUCACUUAGCCCCACCACAGCCUGCGAAACAGUUUCUCAUCUCGCCUCCAGCAUCCCCACCUGUAGGGUGGCAACCGAUAGAUGAUGCGACACCUGUCAUCAACUACGACCUCCUUUAUGCAGUUUCCAAACUAGGACCAGGAGAGAAGUACGAGCUGCACGCGGGCACGGAGUCCACCCCCAGCGUGGUCGUGCACGUCUGCGACAGCGACAUGGAAGACGACGAGGACCCAAAGAAUUCUCCCAAGCCAAAAAUCAUUCAAACUCGGCGCCCCGGUCUGCCACCUCCGGUAUCUAACUGAGCCUGGCCGGCAGAAGCAGCACUUCUCUCCUCCAACACAGCUCUUGGGUUUUUGUUUGCUUUGUUCUAUUGAAAGGCAGCCAUUGCCUCGUGAGUAGCAGGACAUUCAGCUUAUUGAAAUCCCUCACAGUAAUCAAGCCUGCGUAACAAAAGGGCUAGGAAAAAAAAAAGAUCUUUGUAUAUGUAACCAUAUCACACACCAACUACACUAACAGCUUUUCUGGAAAGGACAAGAACAGGCUGGAGCAGGAAGGGAAUCAGUCUGAGGGCUUUUCACAGCUGUAAUUGGCAGGCUGUAACACCACCACCAGAGAAGUCAGUUGGGAUGAGGAAAUAGGCUGAUAUUCAGACUCCCGCAAUACUCACUGCUGCCCUUCAUCAAAGGGGCUCUUCCCUGCCCUCCUCAGCCCCCAGCAGCCCUUAGUCU